GCUGUGCCAGGGAGCAGCCAGAAGCUGAGGCAAGCAUCAGUUCCUGCAAGGGGGCCUAGUGCUAAAGCCUACAGCCAUGACCUGGAACCUGAAGGUGAAGACGCUGAGUGAAGAGUUCCUGGUGUCCCUGACUGACUCCACGACAGUGUCGGAACUAAAGAGGCAAAUUGCUCGGAAGACUGGCGUGGCAGCUUUCCAGCAGCGCCUGGCCAACCAAAGUGGCAAGGUGCUGCAAGACAGCGGUACUCUCAUCAGCCAGGGCCUGGUCCCUGGCAGCACAGUCAUGCUGUUGGUGCAGAAUUGCAACAACCCUCUGAGCAUCCUGGUGAAGAAUGACAGGGGCCGCAGCACCAUUUAUGAGGUCCGGCUGACACAGACAGUAGCAGAGCUUAAGAGGGAGGUGUCCCAGAAGGAGCAAGUACAGGAAGACCAAUUCUGGCUGAGCUUUGAGGGAAGACCCAUGGAGGACAGAGAGCCCCUGGGGGAGUACGGCCUAAAGCCCCAGUGCACAGUGCUCAUGAAUUUGCGCCUGCGGGGAGGGGAAUGCUAUGCCUAAGGCCUCUAUCCAGAGCCAAUGUUGGUAAUUAAAA